AUGCGGCUGUGGCUUGGGAUCCUCACGUGCCACAGUAAUCGGUCUAAAGUAUUCGGGAAGCUUGCCGUGCACUGUGGGGUCACCUGGCGAGGCCCAGUGAGGAAACGGGCUGAUCUCUGCAGGCAGGGCUGCGGCGUCACCGCACUGGCGUGGAGCCUGGAGGAGAAGUUGCUUCUGGUUGGCACCCACGAUGGCAUGGUGGCUGUGUGGGACAUGGAGGAGCAGCAGGUGCUCCACACUCUAAUGGGACACACAGGAAAGGUGACGUGCGUGAAGGUGUAUGCCAAAGGGACACAGGCCAUCUCCGCCUCCAGGGACCACACACUGCGCUUCUGGAACUUACUCUCUGGCCAGGAGAAAUUCUCCACUUGGGAUGGGGGCUCGGCGAGUUCUGCUGACCCUCAGCUCUGCAGCCUUCAUGUGGACGAAGCAAACAGAGCUGUGUAUUCCGUGUCAGGAUCAAAGGUCAACGCCUGGGAUUUGGACACUGCAGAGCCGGCUCUCCGUGUCCUGGGAGAUGCCUCUGACCCCUGGGUGUGUGUGGCCGUGUUGGAGCUCGAGUCCAGGCUGCUGACGGUGUCCAAGGCUGGUGUGGUCACCCUGUGGAACUCGGCCACCGGAACACUCCAGGGCAAGCGACACGUGUCCGGCAUCAAAGAAGAGACCCCCACGUGCGCCAUCUCGGUCCAGAAACAAGGAAGAAUGGUUACUGGGUUUAGCUCCGGCUCCAUCUCCUUGAUUUCCUCUGAAGGAGACAGACUGCUGGAGAAGCUUCCAGAAGCCGUGGGGUUCCUGGCGGUCUCUGAGGAUGAGUCCCUUCUUGCUGCAGGCUUUGGGACAUCCGUGCGGGUGUACCUGGCUGACUCACAGGGCUUUCACCGAUUCAUGGCCACCGACCUGGCACAUGAGGACGUGGUAGAGACGGCUGUGUUCGGUCCUGAAAACAACCUGAUUCUCACUGGGUCCCGGGAUGCACUCAUUCAGGUGUGGAGUCUCUCGGAACAGGGGACCCUCCUGGAUGUCCUCGAAGGUGUCGGGGCCCCCAUGAGUCUGCUGGUCCGGGGAGGGACUCUGGUGGCCUCUGCGUCCCAGCAGUCUUCAACCUUCAAAGUCUGGGAUGUCACCUACGCUCAGAGGCCUCGGACCUCUGCUCCCUUCUUGGACCGCACCGGCCUCACUGCUGUGUCCCACAACGGAAGUUACAUCUACUUCCCCAAGAUUGGUGACAAAAACAAAGUCACCAUUUGGGACUUGGCAGAAGGUGAGGAACAAGACUGUCUGGACACUUCCAAUGAGGUCAGGUGUCUGGAGGUGGCUGAGCAAACAAAGCUCCUCUUUGCUGGCCUGGUUUCGGGGACCGUCCUCGUGUUCCCCUUGGAGUCCAGGCAAGAUGUCAUAUGCAUCCCCCCUCCUGAGGCUCGGAAAGCCAUCAACUGUAUGUCCCUGAGCAAGAGCGAGGACCAUCUGGCCAUAGCCUAUGACAACAUCGUCCUGGUGCUGGACGUCAGCCCUGGUGACCCCUGUCCGGUCAUCGAUGGGCCAAUUUAUACCUUUUAUACCCAGCUGCCUGAGACCAUAGCCAGCGUGGCCGUGCUGGCCGACUACCGUGUGGUCUACGGCAUGACCAACGGGGACCUCUUUCUUUAUGAAUGUGUGAAUUCCAAAGUGUUCCCUUUGGAGGCCCACAGGAGCAAGGUCACAUGUGUGGAGGUCAGCCACAAGGAGCAGCUGGCAGUCAGCGGGUCAGAGGAUGCCCUGCUGUGCCUGUGGGACCUGCAGGUGUGCAAGUGGAAAUUCCAGAUGACCUACACGAGCUCUUACUGCCAAGGAGCUCAAUGUGCCUGCUUUUCCCAGUGUGACAAGUUCGUGUACGUGGGCUUGAAGGACCGCUCGGUGACUGUCUGGAGUGCACUGGACGGCACUCUGCUGACCGUCCAGUUUGUCCACGCACUGAUCAACAGAAUCAUCCCGACCUCCAAUGGCUUCCUAGCUCCUACCAGACAUGGCUAUGUCCUUCGAGAGCGUUUCCAGUGCCCUUCAGCAAGAGUGUCCCAGCAGGAGCCGCUCAAGAGCUUCAAGAAGGCGGUGUGGAUGGUCAAGUCCAGGCAGAGAGAGGACCUGGCCAUGGCUGCAGGGGCGCCCCAGGCCUCAGGAUCACAGAUGGCCCAGGGCCUCGCAUCAAAACCCAACAAACGCUCCCAAGUCUGCCUGAUAGUGUAA